CCUCAAAUUGCCUAUCCUCUUUGUGGCGGCCAUAUUUACAGAAACAUAAUUAAACUUCAUGUUUAGGAUGAUGGCUUUGCCAAAGCCUUAAUAAAUUUAAAAAAAAAACUGCCAGCCAACUGUCAAUUAAAUCCGCUGAAUGCAUGCGUGCGCGUAUAAGAUAAAAAGAGUGAAAUUAUAUUAAUUGAAUUUGAGUGUAGGAUUUUCUAUUUUUGCCUUUAUUUCUAUUAAAUAUCAGUAAUUGUAAAAACAUAGGUGUAAAUAUGUGGAGUGACUCUUUGUUGAUAGUCUUCAUUUCGAUAUGUACCGCGUUUUUAGGUGAAGGUUUAACAUGGAUAUUAGUCUACAGAACUGAGAAAUAUCAGAAGUUGAAAGUAGAAGUAGAAAGGCAGAGCAAGAAAUUGGAAAAACGUAAAGAGGCACAUGGAGACUCUCUGGACAAACAGCAUAAGAAGAAAAUUGAACGUGAAGAGGAGAGGCUUAAGAACAACAACAGAGAUCUUUCAUUAGUUAAGAUGAAAUCCAUGUUUGCUAUUGGGUUUGCUUUUACAGCAUUACUCAGUAUGUUCAACAGCAUAUUUGAUGGAAGAGUCGUAGCUAAGCUUCCAUUCCACCCUAUCUCAUGGAUUCAGGGAUUAAGUCAUAGAAACUUGCCAGGAGAUAAUUACACUGAUUGUUCUUUCAUAUUUUUGUACAUAUUGUGUACUAUGAGUAUUAGGCAAAACAUCCAGAAGCUAUUAGGAUUUGCACCAUCCCGUGUAGCAUCGAAGCAAGGAGGAGCACUCUUUGCUGCCCCCCCUACUCAGUUCAAGUAACAUCUAGAGUUGUAUGUUAAUAAUGCAUUUGUGUGUGAUUUAAUUUAUCGUUGUACAUUGUUCUACUUUUGAGUGUAUGCAAAUGGUUAAUAAAUAAACCACUGGUUC